CACACACACACAGCCAUCAGCCAUCAGCCAUCAGCCAGAGGAUAUACCGCCAAGAUGACCGCUCCCCUUGAUGCGCCUGCCACCGCCGACACCACUACCACCACCGAUGCCUGCUUCAAGCCCAAGGCCGCGCCCGGAUUUUACCAGCGCCUGCCGAAGGUGGAGCUCCAUGCGCACCUGAAUGGCUCGAUCUCGGCCCAUGAGAUCUCGAUUCUGCUGCGACGCCGGCCGCCCCCGGAUGCCGACCGCCUUCAGCUCCUGGCGAAGCUCGGCAUCACCCCGGGCGCCGGGGCGGAGGGGGCCUCCGAUGAGGAGACCGCCGAGGCUCGGCUGUGGGGCCCUGCCGGGGCCCUGGAGCGCGGCCUCUCGCGCUAUCUCUCGCUCGGCGGCCUGUCGCUGGAGGCCUUCUUCCCGAUCUUCGGGUCGGUGGUCUACUCGGCCACGUCCACCCUAGCCGGGGUGUUUGACGCGACGGCCCUGGUCAUCGAGGCCUUUUAUGAGGAUGGCGUCCGGUAUCUGGAGCUUCGGACCACCCCGCGCGUCCUGUCCACCUCGCAGCUGAAUGUCCACGCCCAGGGCCGGGACUUGGCCGAUGCGCAGCGCAUCGCCGGGCGCACCCUCUACUUGAACACGGUCAUCGAGGCCAUGGAGGCCACCUGUGCCAGCCUGGCCGCCACCCAUGGGCCCAACCAUGAUGACGGGCUCCCGCCGAUCACCGUUCGGCUGAUUGUUUGUCUCGACCGGCGCCACUCGCCGGAGGAAGGUCUGGAAAUCGUGGACAUCGCCGCCGGUCUGGCUCGCGCCCACCCGGGAGCCGUGGUUGGCGUCGAUCUGUGUGGCCCCCCGACGGUGUCACAAUAUGACCAGUUCCGGCCGGCCUUCCGCCGGGCCAAGCACCUCGGCCUGGCCGUCACCCUGCACGCUGCCGAAAUUCCCGAGCGCGCAGAUGUCGAGACCAACAUCAUGCUGGACGAUGGUGUCGACCGGCUUGGCCACGGCACGUACAUGGGCCCGGCCACGUGCGAGCGCGCCCUCCGCGAGCGGGUCCCCCUUGAGCUCUGCGUGUCCUCCAACUGCCUGUGCGGCACCAUCCCCUCGGAGGCCGAGCACCACUUUGGAUACUGGCACUUCCAUGUCUCGGAGCGCCGGCGCCAUCCGCACCAUACGGACCUGCCGGGCCCGGCGGCGGCGGCCCUGCGCGGUGAGGACGGCCAUCAUCCGGUGGCCCUGUGCACUGACGACCGGGGUGUCUUCGGGGCGGAGCUCUCCUACGAGUAUCGCCUGGUGGGCCAGGCAUUCGACCUGUCGGAGGAGCAGCUAACCGAGCUGUCCCGCCGGGCGGCUUGGGCCUGCUUCAUUGGCGGUCGGUGUGCCGGGGCCUGGGCCGAGGGUGUGGCCGACCGGACCCCCGCUCUCCAUGCGGACGAUCCGGCCCUGCCGGAGCACCUGAAGGCCGACUGCCCGGGCUCGGAUGACAGUGACAGUGCCGCCGAGGCCAAUCGGCGCCGUGCCACCGAGUGGCUUGCCCAGUGGGAUCAUGCCAUCAACUGCUUCAUCAACCGCGAGAAGGCCCUCAAGUAGCCGGCAAUAAUAGUAAUAAUAAUACUCAGCAGGAGGAGGGCAAAAAAAAAAAAAGACCCCCCCCCCCCCCGCCCCUCCCUCGAGGGCCAUCCUUCCUUCCGAGACGGCGCGCGCCCCUUGCCACUAGAGGCGAGACAGGGCCGGGCUUCUCGCUCGCCGGUGUAACAUAUCCUCCCUUCAUUUGUCCUCCCCUCGCCCCUCCCCCAUAGAGAGAGAGAGAGAUGACACACACACAUACACACAUGCACCACACA